CGCAGCAGCCUCGAGAGCGCGAAGCCGGGCCGUGGACAUGCGCGGUCGAUGUCGCGGGGUCGAGCUAAGUACUAUGGGGAAGUCUCGCAGGAUCCGUUGGCUUCUCCGCCUGGUUCACCGCGACCGCCGACCCCUCCUACGAAUGGCGCCGUCAGAGCGUUCGUAGUCAACCCUAACGACGCGGAUACCGGGCGAGUGAGCUAUAACAGCUUCAAGACGAACGGCACUGGUGCCGGCGGUGCUGUGGGGAAGAAGAACGGAAGCGCGUUCACGGGACUCUGGCAGUACGAUAUUGAACUUGUGGACGGCGAAGAGAGGCAUGGCGAGGGACGUGCUGGAGGAAAGCCUAGUGGGGGCGGCUACACUGGUUUGUGGUCGUAUGGCGGUAGCGCGUCUGGGAAGGGCGCCGCGAACGGCAGGAGUAAUGGUACAGGAGGUGGUGCUGGCGGACGUGACGACGACGAUGACGAGCGGCGUGGCGAUCGACGUGGUCGACCGUCUGCUGGGCCUUCCUCCUUCUCGGAUUCGGACGAGUCGGACAGCUCUCUGACAGACUCUGAUGAUGUUGGCGACGAGAACAAGACGGAGAUCAUGCCCACGGACGAUGAUGUCCCUCUUGCUCGCAGCAUUCCGACCGCCCUGAAGGCGCAGAAGAGUAUCAGGCAGCAAGUCCGGGACGAGCGGAAGCGAAAGAAGAGGAACCUGCACACGUUAGCGGUCUCGCAUGGGCUAAGGGAAGAAAGCAGCUUCGAGGGCCCGCCACGUUCACCGGUGGGCGUCAACCAACGACAAGCCUUCCCUGCCGGUAUGAAUGAAAUGGAGGCAAGAGGACGGGAAGCUGCCAGACCUCUGCGUAAUAACUCGAUUCGCCCUCAAGCUGUCGACCCUUACGCCUUUCCACCCAUCUCUCCACAAUCUGCAACUGCCCCAGCACCUGGCAGUCGUCCUCGUACGAAGACUUUGCCAGGAGGCACUGCGAAUCCCAUCUCUGUUGACGAGCUGACCCAGAAGCUGAUGAACGUCAAAGCUUCAGGUGUUCCACCUAGCACCAUUUCUCGACCUCCCUCCAGGGACGGAGAAGGUGGCUCUUCUGGUUUCUUCGGCAAGAAACUAUCUCGUCCUGGUUCGAGGGACGGUGAGGGUACCAGCGGUGGUAAUUUCUUGGCACGCAUGCGCUCCUCGAGGAAGCCGCAAGAUGUAACUGCCGCCGCUGCACCCCUGCCGCCCAACGCUCCUCAGUCGCUAGGCAGGAGCGGUACGACGCGUGGCGUUGUAAGCUCCAGGCGUCCCAGUGUAGACCGAGAGCGGGAGCAGUACAUCAGCAAAGCUUCGAGCGAGGAGCGUGGACGCACUUAUUCCGCUGGUUACAAGUCUGGUACAUCAAUUGAGCGAGCUCGCAGUGUCUCUCGUCCGCGGGCCGUCCCACCAUCCGAACUCCCUCCCCCUCCGCCCGUCCCUCCGGUGUUGCGCGACAAGGUCCAGGUGGUGCAGCAGAGGGUUUUCGUGGGAGACCUGCAGCGUUUCCAUACUGUUGAGAUAGGCCCUUCAACUACGGCGGACGAUGUACUCAAAAUGGUCGCUGGCCAGGGAGGACUUGACGAUAUCGUGGGUAGUGGGGGCUGGAUGCUCUGGGAAGUUGCUCAGGACUUCGGCAUGGAACGACCUAUCCGUGGCUUUGAAAUCCUGACGGAUGUCUUCACAUCGUGGAACAAGGACAAAAUGGUCAAUAUGCUCAUGAUCAAGAGAACGCUUCUCGAGCCGAUCCUCAGGCGUUCUGCUCUUCCCUCGAGUUCUCCCCUCUGUAGAGGUUAUGUCGAGUACGAGGUCAAGCGAGGCAAAUGGAAUAAGCGCUGGCUGGAGUUGCGCGAGCAUAGCUUGUACCUGGCGAAGCGUGAUAAUGGCAAAGACGAGACCUUCCUCUGCUCGUUGUCCAACUUCGACGCGUACCACGUCACCCGGCUUCAUAAGGCGCCUAAGCCGUAUACUUUCGCUGUCAAGUCCACCGACAAUCUAUCGUUCUUCGAGAACACUGCGGAUUACGUCCAUGUCUUCUCAUGCCCCGAGAGAGAAGGUCAAAUGUGGAUGGAGAAAAUCCUUCUUGCAAGGUCCUACAUGCUGAUCCAGGAGCGAACCGUCCUCAUGGCUAAGACCGGUGGCCUUAACGGCUCUGGCGGAGCUAAGGGUCUUGUACGCGCCCCGACUCGGAAACAGCCGCCCCGUGUCAACCAGACGCUCGUCCAGCCUCCCACAACGACCGUCUUUGAACCAGGAUCGCUGUUGGCUAAGCGGUAAACCUGUGUUCUCCGCCAUCUAUCUCCCUUCCCGUCGAAUUUCUUGUAUAUACCUGGCCCCGCGUGGUAUAAGGAUUGCGGUCAUGGAUAACUUAUUGCAUUUGUAGAACCCAUCUUUACCACCACUAUCUCUUCCCUUCGUAUACGUCGCAUAUGUCCACUGGGUUAGGUACUCGUUCUUGUGUACUCAGAAGUUGUUGUAGGUGGCGUCGGGCCUGAUACCAGAUGCCUGUCAUGGCUUUUGUACAAGUACAGUCGACUCUGUCUUAAUCCAUACCUGUCAUAACCCAUAACC